ACUCUCUGCAGGAGCUUUUGAACGUCACAUGCAACCUGCAUCCCUGCCCUGAUCAGCCGCUUGGUUUCUCCUCUUCAGUGUCGAAGUGAAAAAAAAAGAUGGGGAAAAUAAACGGAUGCCUGAAGUGCCUUUUCAUCUUCUUUAAUGUGCUGUUUCUAAUCGUCGGAUGUCUGCUGAUAUUCGUGGCAGUGAAGGCCACUGCUGUUUCAAUCCAGAUGUCGACAUUCGGCGGCCCGGGCGUGGGCUGGAUCUGGGUCAUCACCCUCGGCGUCUUCGGCAUCUCCGCUCUGGGAAUCUUCGCCGCCUGCUCCGAGAAGGAGCUUUUCCUCAAAAUAUUUGCAGGUUUCAUGGGGAUUGGGAUGAUCAUCAUGCUAAUCUUUGGGACGGUCGUGGCUGUUCUGAGAAACUCGCUGAAACAAAACUAUGAGAGUAAAUCCAAAGAAUUUGUCGAGCCCAUCAUGAAAGAUGAAGAGUCGCGGCAAGUCCUCGAGACCUUGCAGAUCACCUUCAAGUGCUGCGGCGUCGUUAGCGCUAAGGACUGGGGAUCACAAAUCCCAACCUCCUGUGAAUGCACCGACACCAGCAGAGCGUUUGGGGCCGUAACCUGCAAACCCAGACCUGUGUUAUCCUCAGGACCGGCUCUGAUCUACGCUGAGUCCUGCAGUGACAGCAUCUUUUACUUACUGGACAUUGGAUUCAAGAUCUCCCUGGGCUUCCUGUUUGGAUUCGCUGUCACUGCACUGUUGGGCCUGCUGAUCUCCAUUCUGAUGAUCCAUCAGAUCAGGCGCCACGACGGCAUGGGAGGGCCGUCCAUCGCCAUGAAGGGCUACUGAAGCAAAGCUGAACGUUAGGAUCUGAAAUGUAACCAGAGUCUGUUUUUAUCAUUAACACGGAGGGAUUUAAAUCGUCCUGGGAGGAGACAGCUUCUCCUCUUUCUGACUUUGUACCACUGAUUCUUGUAUAAACAUUUAUUUUUUUACAUCUUCAUGUUUUGUUGCUGAAUUGUAAUAAUCUAUGAAAC